AUGGGGAGCCGAUCGACGUUGCACCCUCGAGUCGUGAAACAUCAAUUGAACAGUAAUCUUCCAGCAGUCAUGCCCGAGAUCCAACAAGAGAUUAAGGAAUCUUUCGAGUCCCAGUUUCCUGCUUGUGAUGACUGGACCGAGGUCAACGUCGUUGACUGUAUGACACAAAUUGUUGCCAGGGUCUCGAGCCGCAUGUUUGGGGGCCCGGUUCUUAGCCGUAACAAAGAGUGGAUUGAUGCUUCCAUCGCAUUUGCUAUUGAUGGAUUUCAUGGGGCUCAGAAAAUCAAGCGAUAUCCUGAAUUUUUGAAGCCUAUUGCAAAAUACUUCAUUCCCGAGAUCAUGUCGAUCCACGAGCAUUAUCGAAUGGCCGAAAAAGCAGCAAUACCCCUUCUAGAAGAGAGGGAGAAAUCAGGCGAGAAAGCAUUGGAUUUGCUUUAUUGGAUGGCCGACCAGGCUAAAGGCGAUGAAAAGGAUCACAAAUUCCUGGCAGGUAUUCUACUGAAAGUCAGUUUUGCUGCUAUUCAUACUAGCGCAGCUGCGCCGUCUCAGUUGAUCUAUGAUCUCUGUUCUAUGCCAGAGUACAUAAAUCCGCUACGCGACGAGAUCAACAGUGUCCUUGAAGAUGGGACUAUAGGAAAGAAGGGCUUCUUGCAAAUGCCUAAAAUGGACUCCAUCAUGAAGGAGAGUCAGCGCUUCAACCCACUCCUUCUAAUUACUUUUGAGCGUGUCGUUACCGAAGACUACAAACUUUCGGAUGGGUUUGUGAUUCCUGCCAACACAACAAUUGGAAUUCCUACACAGGCUAUUUCCAUGGAUCCUAAGAUCUACGAUAAUCCUACUAAAUUUGAUGGUUUUCGAUUCGAGAAAUUACGCCAGAAUCCGGAGCAGAGUGGCAAGGCCCAGUACGCUGCAAGCAAUCACAGUUCAAUGUCUUUUGGCUAUGGCCGUCAUGCCUGUCCUGGUCGGUUCUUUGCCGCCAACGAAAUCAAAGCGAUUAUGGCAUACUUGUUACAGAAUUACGAUAUGAAGUUUAAAGAGGGGCAAAAAAGGCCGGAGAGCUUACUGUUUGAAACGCAGUACUUGCCAAACGGGACGGCGACAGUCAUGUUUAAGAGAAGAAAUGCUUGA